AUGCUGAUACACGAACCAUUUGCAAAUUCCCCGUUCGACUAUCCCCUCGUCCAUUUCUCCAGGCGAAAACCGUUGCAGGCGUAUGAGGACCAUCCGUCGACUAGUGCAAGCUCCAGCAAUGAAUCGAAAGGAGAUCAAACGCCACAAGCAUGGUCUGGUGCGAUUCAGAGCGCUUUAAUGCCCGUCACACCACAAUCCUCGACUGGAUUAACUCGUGACAUGGCCCAACUAAAGGUUCCCAGCCAGGGGGAAAAAGGACAUCUCGGUGUGCAGAUCCAAUCAGAACAGGAAUUCUCGCAACUAUAUCAGAUCUUUGCCGACGAAAUCUUGGGCUCCGGCCAGUUCGGUACCGUCUACGGUGGUAUUCACCGAAAGACAGGCCGGCAUGUUGCUGUUAAACUCAUCGAUAAGCUGAAGUUCCCGCCAAAUAAAGAAGAUCUACUAAGAACAGAAGUGCAUAUCCUCCAGAAAGUCGCCCACCCCGGUGUCGUCGAAUUCCAACAAAUGCUCGAAACUCCCGACCGAAUAUUUGUGGUUAUGGAGAAGCUGAAGGGAGACAUGCUGGAGAUGAUCUUGUCGUCGGAGAAAGGGCGAUUGUCGGAAAGGAUUACCCAAUUCCUCGUUGGACAGAUCCUAGUUGCGCUUCGCUACCUGCAUAAUUUGAACAUUGUCCACUGUGACUUGAAGCCGGAAAAUAUUUUGUUGACGUCAAAUUCGGAUUUUCCACAGGUGAAACUGUGCGAUUUCGGAUUUGCACGUAUCAUCGGGGAGCGUUCCUUCCGCAGGAGUGUUGUCGGGACGCCGGCCUAUUUGGCACCGGAGGUCCUCCGAAACAAAGGCUUCAAUCGUUCGCUGGAUAUGUGGAGCGUUGGAGUUAUCGUAUACGUCAGCCUUUCUGGAACCUUCCCAUUCAAUGAAGAUGAGGAUAUCAACGAUCAAAUUCAAAAUGCGGAGUUUAUGUAUCCGCCGACUCCAUGGAAGGAAGUCUCUGAGACAGCCAUCGACUUCAUCAACGGGUUGCUGCAGGUGAAGAUGAGCAAGCGAUUGACAGUAUCUAAGUCAUUAGUGCAUAUGUGGAUGCAGGGCUACCAAAUGUGGUCAGAUCUACGUUGUCUGGAAAAAGAGGUCGGCGAGCGCUAUCUGACCCACGAAAGUGACGACGCCCGCUGGACCGAAUAUGAAAGCAGCAACAACGUGCAACCCGUUUACGUC